AUGGAUGCUGAAACUGACGCAGCAAAGAUUAAGGAAGACGAGGAGAUCAGCGAGGUGAACAUCAAAGCCUUCAGUGACUUGAUGAUCAGCAUGAAUACUGACACGGCAGAAGGAAAGGUUGCUUUCAAUUUGGUAGCCGGAAGCAGAGACAAAGUCAACUACCCAAAAGGAAACGCGAAAGAAGCAUGGGACAAGUUGAAGGAUGAGUAUGAGCCAAAGACGAUCACCUCGUACAUCAAGAUGAAGAGCAAGCUAAACAAGUGUCACCUUGAGAAGUUUGCUAAUCCAGCUUCGUGGAUCACCGAACUCAGCAAGAUUUGUGUCCGUUUGGAAGAGAUGAAGCACCCAGUAAGUGAAGAGGACCAAUUCAUUCACAUCAUUGGAAGUUUGCCUUUGAAGUACAGACAAGAGCAAAAGGACUUCGAGAAAAUGAUGAAAGCGAACACACUCACCAUUAAGUACAUCAAGGAAGAACUGAAUUCUGCACACGAGGACUUCGCCAAUGCAACAGAAGGUGAUGACGACGACGAAGACAAAGAAGACAAAGAUGUCGCUUUGGUAACUGGUCAAUUCAAAGGCAACUGCAACAACUGUGGAAAGUAUGGACACAAGAAGCUAACUUGCCCUGAACUAACACAAGCGACACGACAAGGAGGCGAAAGGAAGCAGAACAACGGUGGCAGACAUCGAUACAAUGGAGGUGGACGAGGAGCUUUCCUUGGAACCUGUUUCCACUGUGGUAUCAGAGGCCACAAGAAGCAUGAAUGCAGAAGAAACCCAGAGAACCGAAACAACGGCACCACUGGCAACAAUGGUAACAACAACAACAGCAACAACAACGAUGAUGAUGACGACGAUGUUGCUGAGGUAAUGCUGAUGGCAACAGAGACACUUAUUGCCCCAGCGGAGCCAACACAGAAAAAGAACUUUUGGUUCGAGUGGAAUGAAGAAUGCGAAGAGAGUGAUUGUGAAGAUGAAGAAGUAGAUGAUGAAGUGAUCGUGCAUACUAUCGUGGAAGAUCCAAACGACAAAGUUCACGAGCACGGAAAUUUCCUUCACGAUGAUUUCUUUGAUAAUUUUAUGGCGAACUUCGGACAAAAUGAUUGCGACGCGAAAAACGACGAGACAUUCCACGCGACAAAGCCUACAAGUGAAUACGCUUUUGUCACAGAAGAGAUUGAGAUCAAACGCUAUUCUGAUGUUGACGGAUCUGGUACAUACAAUUCAGAUGGGGACGAGAUCCCACAAUUAGUGGAACGGACGAUGAAGGCUAAGCACUACGCAUCAGACGAAUGGGACCAUAAUAACAGAAUGCCCGAAUACAACUCAGACUCAGACGACUCUGACGAUGAUGACAUUCCACCACCUUUGGUCAGCAGACAUGGUGUUGUCCAUGGACAUGAUGAGGUAUCAUUGAUUGGCCGACACGACAACAUCUCUGAUGACGACUUGAUAUAUGACGAGAUCCCACAAUUGAUUGCACGACAACAACAUUAUAGCGAUCAUGACGAUAGUGAUGAUGACGAUAGCGAUGAUGACGAUGACAACUUGAUUCAUACCAACGAUGAGCCAUACUAUGACGGUGAUGGGGAUGAUGAGUCAACAGUGCAGACUGAAACAAGCAUCCAAGAUGAAAUCAACUUGACCCGAAACGGAAUCGCAAUGGCCAACAUGGAUAAAUGGAAAUCCGAGGAGAUGAAACUGACACCACAGACUUGGUUUGGAGACAGUGCAGCGAGUACACAUAUGUGCAAUGAUGACACCAACCUGUACGACUACGAUGUUAUUCGAGAGGAGAUCAAAGUUGGAAGUGGCAAAACUAUCGUGGCAACUAAGAUUGGCAAGCUCAAGCUGCGAGUGAAGCAAACAAAUGGAAAGGUAAUCAUGAUGGUACUAACGAAAGUCAAAUUCGUACCUGAGCUGUGGUGCAAUCUUUUCAGUCUUACGGCCGCAAUGGACAAGGGCUUUGACCUCGGGAAUCAUCACAGUGACCCAUGGAUCGACAACUAUUGGAUUUGA